CACACGUGAGAGGUAGCUAGCUUAGGUGUCAGCGCGCCUCAUGCAAAAGCUUAGCCAGGUGGGAAGAAGCUUUUGAGCCAGAUAUGGGUGUGCGAGGUCGGAGCAGAAGUCGCAGCCGGGACCGCGGGCGGCGUCGGUCUCCGAGCCCGGCGCGCGGUCGGGGCGGGCGCGGAGGCAGAGGCCGUCAUGACAGGGACAGGGAGAGGGUCAGAGACCGCGGCAGAGGGAGGGACCGAGACAGGGACGACAGGGGCCGAGGCAGGGCCAGAAGACGAUCCAGAUCCUCCAGUUCUUCGGGAAGUAGUUCGAGCAGCAGGUCGAGAUCUCGCUCUGGUUCAUCAUCCUCUUCCUCUCGCUCCUCCUCCUGGUCCUCUUCCUCUUCUUCUGCCUCCUCAACUGCCAGUGCUGGUCGUACCAAGAAAACAGAUGCUCGACCCAAGGAAAAACAACCAGCAGCAGCAAGUGCUGCUGCUGCUCCCACUAAACCCAGCACCACUGCCAAGAAAGCCAAGAGUCCUCCACCGACCGAGCCUUCUCCCGAAAGUAAAAUGGACACUAGUACUACUGUUGAAGCAACAGACAGCACGACUGUGCCUCCCCCCGCUCAGCCAGUGCCACAGACGACAGCGCCUGAAGAAACGACUACAAAGCCGAAGAGCAGGAGUCGCAGCCGCAGCAAGAGCAAGUCUCCGAGGUCUUCCUCCAGCGACAGCAGCAGCGACAGCUCCCGGUCGAGGGAGCGCUACAAGCGAUCGCAGAAGUCCCGCUCGGCCUCCCUCUCCCCCAAACCUCGCAAACGGUCACCGAGCCCCAAAUCCUCCAAAGUGUGCGUUUCCAAGCUGACUAGAAACAUCACAAAGGGACACGUGACCGAGAUAUUUGCAAAUUUCGGGGUCAUUCGUGCGGUGGACCUGCCCCUUGAUCGACUCAACUACCUCUCACGUGGCUAUGCCUACGUUGAUUACACCACUCCGGAAGAGGCAGAGAAGGCCUUACAGCACAUGGAUGUGGGUGGAUAGACGGACAGACGGUCCAGGUACAGAUGGUGCUCCCGAUCAAACCACCAGCUCCCCGUCUGCGACAACGCUCCCCUCCCCCGAUCAGACGUCGUUUCCGUUCCCCGCCUCCUCGUCGCUCCCCUCCGCUGCGUUACCGUCGCCGGAGUCCUCCACCUCGCAGGAGGCGACCGUCCCGCUCGCCGGUCCGACGACCAUCGCGCUCGCCGGUCCGACGACCGUCACGCUCACCAGUCCGACGACCGUCACGCUCGCCAGUCCGACGGAAUCGCUCGUACAGCCGGUCCCGCUCCCGUUCCAAGUCACGGUCCCGUUCUAAGUCACCCAUCAUCAGGAAACGGCGCAACCGAAGUAGCCGAUCAGCCUCCAGUGGCUCAAGAUAGAGCACAUAAGAACCUAUUGUGCAUGAAUAGAGCACUUUUUGCUUCAUGUUUUACCUGACCUGUUCCUUUGUUGUGUAAUGUCCAAUGAUGAGUGAUACAGGCUAGCUUGUUGUCUGAUGUGACAGACACAUAUUCUAUAUAUAGUGCGUUCUAAAUGAUGUGCAAGAAUUGAAUUCA